AACACCACGCUUAGGACCCUGCACUCUCUGGAGCUUCCCAGCUUUUUCCUGGAGCUGCUGAGCUGGGAGGGGCCGAGCCUGCGGCUCCCCAUAAACCUGGCGGCUUAGCCCACGUCCCAGACAGAUGUUGGGACUCAGUGUUUUGCAGCGGAGGUUGGGUAAAGGAGUGGGACGGCUUUCCUUCCCUGGGAGAGCUCGGAGGAGCGCUCGGCACCCCUGGGCUUGAACUUUAGCACCCUCUUCCGCAGGAGUUGAAAGGAAAGGAUCAUCACAUCGUGUCGGGAUAGCAGAGGAGACGCCAGCUACUUCCUCCAGCGAGGUUUUAAUGGGGUCCUUCAUAAAGCAGUAACAGCAGCGAGAGAACGCCAGGCGGGCAGGAAGUGUUUGCAGCGCUCGGGAUGCUUGGGGAUCACGGCGAGGAGCCCGUCCUGCCGCGCAGAUGGGUUUGAUUGGAGCGGCGCGAGGGUUAUUUUCUUUUGACUGAAGGCAACCCAGCCCCGGCGGAUUAAAGCUCUUUGUGUGCUCCAGAGUGUGCCUUCCUGGGAGCUGCUCCUGCUAAACCAGCUGCAGGGGGUGCGGGGAUCAUCCCAUAACCUGGGGGGCUCCCCUGCAGGACCGGGAUAACUCCUGUUUCUGUGGCUCCCAGACGAUGCUGGGACAGUAGCUCCCUUCGCAGGCGUGCUCCGGGAUGGCCGUCUAUGCCCUCACGGGCUUCUCGCUCGUCAGCCUGCUCAGCUUUGGCUAUUUAUCCUGGGACUGGAUGAAGCCCAGUUUGGUGGCCGACGUGGCCAUGGACCCCAUGGAGAAAGUGCUGCCCCCCACCUUUUCCAGGCCACCCCACAUCAUCUUUAUUCUGACUGAUGACCAGGGCUAUCACGAUGUUGGGUACCACGGCUCUGAUAUCCAGACACCGACGCUGGACAGGCUGGCGGCCGAGGGGGUUAAGCUGGAGAACUACUACAUCCAGCCCAUCUGCACCCCGUCCCGGAGCCAGCUCAUAACUGGCAGGUACCAGAUCCACACAGGGCUGCAGCACUCCAUCAUCCGCCCUCGGCAGCCCAACUGCCUGCCCCUCGACCAGGUCACCCUGCCACAGAAGCUGCAGGAAGCCGGCUACUCCACACAUAUGGUGGGCAAGUGGCACCUUGGCUUCUACAAGAAGGAAUGCCUGCCCACCCGCCGGGGCUUCGACACCUUCCUGGGCUCCCUGACGGGCAAUGUGGACUAUUACACCUAUGACAACUGUGAUGGACCGGGUGUCUGUGGCUACGACCUGCACGAAGGGGAGGACGUGGCUUGGGACCAGAGUGGGAAAUACUCCACCUUCCUCUAUGCCCAGCGCGUCAGCAAGAUCCUGGCAUCCCACAGCCCCAAGGAGCCCAUCUUUAUCUAUGUGGCCUUCCAAGCGGUCCACACGCCUCUGCAGUCCCCCAAGGAGUACAUCUACCGCUACCGCUCCAUGGGCAAUGUUGCCCGCCGCAAGUACGCUGCCAUGGUGACGUGCAUGGAUGAGGCGGUGAAGAACAUCACUUGGGCCCUCAAGAAGUAUGGUUAUUAUGACAAUAGUGUGAUUGUGUUCUCCACUGACAACGGUGGGCAGACCUUCUCUGGGGGAAGCAACUGGCCGCUACGGGGCCGCAAAGGGACGUACUGGGAAGGAGGAGUUCGUGGCAUCGGUUUUGUCCAUAGUCCCCUCAUCAAGCGCAAACGCCGGACCAGCUGGGCACUGGUUCACAUCACAGACUGGUACCCGACUCUGGUCAGCCUGGCCAGGGGCAACCUGAGCAACGUGCCAGGCUUGGAUGGAUACAACGUGUGGCCUGCCAUCAGUGAGGGCAAGGAGUCGCCACGAACUGAAAUCCUGCACAACAUUGACCCCCUGUACAACCACGCCAAGUAUGGCUCCUUGGAGGAUGGCUUUGGUAUCUGGAACACGGCCGUGCAGGCCUCCAUCCGCGUCGGGGAGUGGAAGCUUCUCACUGGUGACCCGGGAUACAGCGACUGGAUCCCCCCACAGACCCUGACCAACUUCCCAGGGAGCUGGUGGAACCUGGAGCGUCUCACCAAUGGCCUGAGGAAGUCCGUGUGGCUCUUCAAUAUCACCGCUGACCCCUAUGAGCGCUACGACCUCUCGGACCAGCGCCCAGACGUGGUGAGGACCCUCCUGAUGAGGCUGGUGCACUACAACCGGACGGCCAUCCCAGUGCGGUACCCUGCGGAGAACCCCCGAGCACACCCGGACUUCAAUGGCGGUGCCUGGGGACCUUGGGCCAGUGAGGAUGAUGGGGAGGAGUGGGAAGGCGGUGGGGAGCCCCUGAAAAGCAGGAACAAGAAGAAGAAGAAGUGCAAGAUCUGCAAGCUGCGCUCUUUCUUCCGCAAGCUGAACACCAGGCUCAUGUCCAACCGCAUCUGAUGGGAGACUCCCCCAGCAUUGACCCAGCCUGGCCAGGCUGGAGCUCUGGAAGGCAGUGCCAUGGGGUGGGAGCGAGGGAGAGGGACAGAUAUGAAGAUGGACAACAGUCUCUUACUCUUCCUUAAUCCAGGGUUCACCUCAAAACACUUCUCCUCUCUGGCGGGACCAGUGGCAGCAGGGAGGUGGUCCUGGUGGGCAAGGAAGGGUGAUGUGGGCUCAGUCAUGGUCCUUGGUGAUGUAGUGCAAGUCUGCUGAGCUGAGCUGGCCCAUGCAGAGCCCCUUCCGAAGAGAGAGACCCUUUUGCCAAGGACUCUGCAGGCAAUCCCAAGCUUUGAAGUUGACCAUUGCAGUGGCAGGAGGAAGCAUGAGACCCUGGGGUGGCUCUGCCUGCAGGUCGUCCCUCGUCUUGUCCUUGUAUAUCCAUGCUCCUGACUCUGCCUGCUUCCAGGCAGCUGCUACAUUUGCUCUUGCUCCCCCAAACCUGAGACCAUGGUGUUUCCCUGUUGUACUUCUUUGUGGAAGGAUGGAUUCCUGACCAUGGACAUCAGAUCUGAGAUUGCAAUGGCUGGACUCAGCCUUGCUGCUAGAGGAACCAUGCCUUCUCCCCUCCACUGGCUUGGGGGACCAGGAGCAGCCCCAGUGAGGAACUAUGGCCCAUGCAGAUGUGGUUGGAUGUUCUUAGAGGCCACAUGGUUCCCUAUGACCCCACAUUUGGGAGGCAGGUUUGUCCCAGGUUCUGGUGGAUUUCCCAUGGAUCAGCCACCCAGCAGACCCUUCCAUCCACAGGUUCUACCAUCACCAUGUGCAUGGCUGUAUGCACCCAUGCUCCUCCCCAUCCAUCCCACACAUCCAUCCACCCAACUACCCCUUCCCUGUGCUGGGGUUAGCCCCAUCCCCACAUCCCCACUGCUGAACUUGGGGCAGAGGGAACAUCUCCAGAAGGUCUCUGCAGAGGCUGAUGUGCUGCUCUUUAGCUGCAGGACCCCAAAGCCAUGGAGGGGGACAGGGACAGCUCUUGCCUACCAGCACCACACCACACCCCCUGCCUGCAGAUGGGCACCACUCUCCCAUCAGCACCAGCACUGAACUGGGAAACACCUCCCCAUCAUCACCCCCCUGCCAUGGGGAGCCAGCCCCUGCGGCAGCUCGGGACCAGUGCCGAGCCCCCCCGCGCAUGCGUACGUGUGCUCGGAGGAGAAGCUGGCGAGGAUGAAAGAGGGUAAAUAGCUCGAAAAGCACUUGGGAUGCAUGGUGCAUUUCCAUUUACACAAUGUGUUUUACAUUUCUCCCCACAGGUUUCUCUUGGUGCAGCGUGUGUAGGCGAAGGCCCUGCUGUGAAUUUUGAAAAUAGUUAUUUUUGUCUCUGGAAAAUGAGGCCCGUUAGGACUUGUCAGCUCUUGGAUGAGCAGUGUGGGCUUUCUUUUUUAUUUUUUUCCCCUCUUUUUUACCCCCCCCCCCUUCUCUCUCCCUUGCAAAAUAACAUUCAUUUAAAAUCUGUCAUUGAAAGAUGUGACAAUUGGCAGCGUGCACGCUGAAUACCUUUCAGUGUGCUUUCAAGCCCUGUGUGUGAGAGAGAGGGACGGGGAUGGGAAGAGAAUGCAAUGACACAUUUGUAUUUUUCCCCCCCUUCUUACUCUUAGCUUGGAUUAUUUGGGGGAAUUGGGAUUUUCUAUAGAAACAAAGAGAAAAAAAAAAAGAGAAAGCUGACAGCGAGGCAGAAUAGAGGAGACCUCUUGUUGUAGAGAUGAGAAGGAGUUUGCGAAGCUGGAGCGUGGCAGUGUGUGCAUCGGUCCCAGGUGCUCCAUGCACGCCCAUCACCAUGCCAUCCCGUCGGCCCCCUGCAUCCCUAAGGAGAGGUUUCAGAGGGGAACUCAGCUCCUUCAUCAGCCCCUUCUCCAUCCCUGGCUCCCUUAGCACAUUGCUCCAUGGAGACCAGUCCCUGCAGCAUCACCCCAUUGGAGGUGAGCCCCAGGAGGAUGCUGCACAUCCCCAAACUACCUCAACCGUCCAGCCCGGUCCCAUGGGAUUCACUCCAUCGGUGUGCCCACUGGCAAAGCCAACCAGUUGCUGAAUAUAAAGCAAUGCUUUGCUGAAGAACAGGAGACUGCUGCAGGCUGAGCUGGAGCUGGGCAAGGGGUGAUGGCUGCUGGGGGCUCUGGAACAAGGCACUGCAAAGGGAGAACUGAUGCCAAAGGGAGCGGGAGAGCGGGGCUGGCCAUGGGGCGGCGACAAGGCUUGGGAAACAGCUUUCAUUUCCAUAUUUAUAUAAAUGCAUCCAAGUUUA